AUGUUUAAAAAAUAUUUAAUAAAAAAUUUUAUUUUUUUAGUAAAUGAAUAUUCUGAUAACGAAGAGGAAACUGAAGAUAUUCCAAAUAAGAAUAUACCUGAAGAAGAAAAUGAAAAAUAUUUAAAUGAUUUAAAUUAUCCAUUAAUUCAAAAUUUAGUUACAAUUUUAAAAAGAACAAAACACUUCAUUUCUUCCCAAUAUUUACCUGUACAAUUAAAUAUAUUGGAUAUAUUAAAAUAUUCUUUGGAAUUGGUUAAAAAUUAUGAAAAUGAAUUGCUUCCAAUGAUACAUCAAAAUUGGCAUGGAUUAAUUCAAAAAUUUGGGAAUGUGUUAGAAGAGAGUUCCAACUUUCAAACCGGCGUCCAUCAAUCAAAUUCAGAAAUGCUUGUUGCAAUUAAAUCUGUUGAUGUAAUUAAAACAAUAACUUUAAUUUCCAAAGAUUUUGUUUAUUGGAAAAUUGUAAAAGAAUAUUUACCGAGAAUUUGUGGUUUAUUAGAAAAUUUAUAUAAACAAAAUGUGAAGGAUACAAAAAUUUUGGUUGUUAAGGAAUCUGUAAUUAAACAUUCUGUUGCUUUUAAAUUACAAUUGGCGUUGGUGGAAAGGUUUUUAAUUUUUAUUUUCUAA